CUUUUCUUUCCCUCUGGAUUAUUUUUUCUCUUCCGUCCCCAAGCCCACCCUCCCUUUCUCGUCAUCCCUCUCCUGCCGUUUUUCUUUCGGGAAUGAGAAACAGAAGAAGGGUGUCGCUGAUAGGCUGUGCUCUCCGUCAAACAUCCCUGCCGCCCUCUCCGGGAUGUGAGUGGAGGUGUAACCGAGGCUUCCGCUCUCGGGUUUGGCAUCCGUGUUUGCUUUUUAAGAUCCAGGCGGCGUGGACGACAGAGGGAAUCCUGGAUGUUUUACAGCCUUUUGCUCCAGCUGGUAGAGGAGAAAAAAAGGUUCACGCUGACCUGCAGCAGUUGCUUCCUGUGAAAGGGGAGAAAUACCGGACACCGUUCUGGGAUUAUUUUUGCGUGCUGCGUCCUGAAAAGGCUUCUCAAACAAUCAGCAGGCAUCUGAGAAGAGAAUUGAAGAAGUCGUGAGAUUUUUUUAUUUCAGUCAGUGCCGAGCACAUCACCCCGGGAUCUUUUGUCCUCAUGGCAUUGAUACAUUGCUAAAUUUAUCAAAUUCUGAAUACUUCAGCUGCCAAAAUAAAGUGCUUUGUUGUUUUUAGGUAUGCUUACUUCUAGGCAGCAUUCUGGCUGAGUCAUAGGCAUAACCAGUUUUGUUAACUGGAUCCAGGUUAAAUGUGGCCUGACUCACUGUGUUGACAUUGCUGAAAAGUUUCAUGGCAGAUAUUUUUUCCCCCUUACUUUAUUUUUUAGAUUUUUUGACAUAACCUUCUUCCAUUUUGCAGUGAGACCCAUUUUCUAAAUGAAGAAUCUAACAGACGUUUAUCAUUUUUUCCUUUAUAUUUCAUGUAGUAUUUUUGCUGAAAAAUGUUGUUGCCAAUAAGCAGUAUGGAGGUAUCCAGAUAGCUGUUGUUUACGAACACCUCUGUUACGUGAAGCUGGGAAAUGUUCUACGGUUCGUAUGUGAAAGUUGGAUUUUUGGCUUCACAGUUUGUGGUGUAAAACGUGUAUAUAUUUUACCUGGAGCUGAUGCCUCUUAUAGUGAUAUUUACAUGGAAUAGACAAGACAAAAAGCUGUCAGAGACAAGAAAAGAUUUUUAAAACAGACCGUUGGCAAACUUUGUAAAUAGCCUUGUUGAAUCUGUAAAAAGAAGGAUGGAUAGCUGAUUUCUGUGAGGUCAAAUUUAUGUCAGAGUGCUACGAAUGUAGUAUCAACGGGAACUCGGGAUAUUAUCUCAAGGAAAACAAACUGGAAAAAUACAGAUCUCACAGUACCAACACCUUGUGUCGUCCUCUUGAAUUAGGUUUGCAUUCAGCUGAGCUGCUACUGCCUUAAAGAAAAUUAAGAUGAACAGAGCAACGUAAUUCAAAAUUUUGUUGUUUUGAAAACAUGGAAACUGUGGAGCAUGAAUAGGAGGCUGUUUCUGUGAUCUCUGGCUAUGGUUUGUGAUUCUUCUGUGUUGAGUCUUGGUGUGGCUGGUAAUUGACUGGUAAGGGACUUGCCAUGAGGUGCUAAGCCUUUUUCCAUUGAUUCAAUGAGACUGGACCUAAAUGGCGCAGCAUGACUUUGCUCCAGCCUGGCUUAAUUUUCCUACUCCACCAUCAUCAACAAAGUCAUCGCUGAAUUUUGAGAAACAUUCUGAAAAUUUUUCAUGGACAGAGAAUCGUUAUGAGGCAAAUCGCAGAAGACACAACUCUUCGGAGGGUUUUGAUCCUAACAUUGGGCAGCCUAAUGGAGGGCAUUUUGGGAGAAAAGAGAGGAGUGAUUGGCGUUCCCAAGUCAGAAAUGGUCCAGAAAAUAUAAACCAUCGUGGGGGAUACCAUGGCGGAAGUUCCUGUACUCGUACCAGCGCUUUCCAUUGUGGAAAAGGGCAAGGACUGCAUGACAAUAUCAGUGUACCUGAUAAUGAAACCCGCAAAAAGGAAGACAAAGAAGUACCCAACCAGUUUGAGGCUGAGGAUUUUCCAUCUUUAAACCCUGAAUAUGAGAAGGAACCAAACCAGAUUAAAUCUUUAGCUGCAGGUGUGUGGGAGUAUCCUUUGAAUCCUAAAUCUAGGUCUCAGAGAAUGCUGGUCAUUAAAAAGGGUAAUACGAAAGAACUGCGUAUAUCUGGAUUCCCAGCAGUGGGAAAUCUUCAUUCACAGCUAGUGAGGAAUGGAAGUGGCACAAGUGUUUAUAAAGGAUUAGUCCCCAAGCCUGUCACUCCACCUGCAAAGCCCACACAGUGGAAAAGCCAAGCAAAAGAAAAUAAACUUGGGAAUGCGUUUCCUCCCGAAUCUGCAUAUGGUGUUGGCAGUUUCAGUCCUUUCAAAACAACUCUCAAGGCAUUUACUGUAACACAAAAUUCAGUGAAAGAGUGUAAUCGGUCAAAUUCUUCAUCCCCUAUUGACAAAUCUGGUCAGCCUCGUUUAACAAAAUUGACAAGAAUGCGAAGUGAUAAGAAGAGUGAAUUUCUGAAGGCAUUGAAACGAGAUAGAAUGAAAGAGGAACGUGAAGAUGAGAAUCAUGAUGUGCAGAAGGAUGAUGAGUCCUUUAACUUGCGUAACAGCAACAGUCAUCAUGAGAGAGAUAUAAACAGAAACUUUGAAAAUGAAAUUCCACAGGAGAAUGGCAAUGCUUCAAUUACACCUCAACAGAUCAUUCAGUCUUCAACUUUCCCUCAGGCAAAUGUUCUUUCAAGCUCACUUGAGGCAGAGCAUAGAUUGUUAAAGGAGAUGGGCUGGCAGGAAGACAGUGAAAAUGAUGAGACAUGUGCCCCACUAACAGAGGAUGAGAUGAGGGAGUUCCAAGUCAUUAGUGAACAGUUACAAAAAAAUGGCCUUCGGAAAAAUGGCAUUUUGAAAAAUGGCCUCAUCUGUAAUUUUAAAUUUAGCCCCUGGAAAAACAACACUUUCAAACCUGCUCUGGAGAAUGAGGACUCUGAGACGAGCAGCAGUGAUACAUCAGAUGAUGAUGAUGUAUGAAGACUUAUGUAACACCUGUAGAAGCCCGUUUUUUCCUCAUGGAGACUGGGGAUGUGUUAUCCAAAAAAAAAUAAUUCUAAUUUAUGUAAUAACAUGCCCAAUAGAGAACGAAUGAUGGGACUUUCCUCUGAAGGAAGCUAAGAAUGUUUUGUUAGGUGUGUUGAAAAUCACUAUAAUUUGUCUGUAAACAGAUGUUGUAGAAUGAGGUGUUGGGUUGACCCAGCAUUUACUUUCAUCACUGAAACAUUUCUGACUAGCAAUGUGACAAUGAUAUAAAUCAGACUUUCUCAAUUAAUAAUAAAAGUGAAAAAUUGUGUAAUGUCUUGCAGAGCUUCUGUCUUAAAAUGUCUAAGAAAAAAAGGGCAGCUCGACACAGCGUUUUGCUUGCCAACUCAUUUCUUUCUUACAGUGGAAAUCUGAGUCCACUUUGUACGCAAAAAGGGCAAUGUAGCAUGUUGGCUCAAAUGAGCAAAGUGCACUAAACCUCUUUUCCUUAACUGAGCUGUUGAACUGUUCUACUUCCACAAAUAACUGCUCUUCAGCCACUUGUAGUGUCAUUGUUGUUAUUAAUGGCAAAGGACCCUGAUGUUAGAGUUCCAAAUUUUUAGAAUUAACCUUUGAAUUGAAAGCUUUAAAGAGUAUUGCAAGACCCUUAUUCUCACAGUGAAAACAUUUCUUAUGGGAAAACAGUGUGAUUUUACUAUUCAACAUGCAGAAAAAUCAUUACACUGACUGGAUUUGUCCACUACAUGGGAAAUAAACUGAUUUACAGAGUGUUGUCUCAGUGCUUA